GUUUCUCCCCUAGACGUUCAUCUUUACGGACGGGGACGACCCUGAGCUCCAGCGGCAGGCAGGCAGCCACAUCAUCAACACCAACUGUUCCGCAGUGCGCACCCGCCAGGCACUGUGCUGUAAGAUGUCCGUGGAGUACGACAAGUUCAUCGAGUCUGGGCGCAAGUGGUUCUGCCACGUGGAUGAUGACAACUAUGUGAAUCCCGCCACACUGCUGCACCUGCUGUCCACCUUCUCUCCCAACCAGGAUGUCUACCUGGGGCGUCCCAGCCUGGACCAUCCCAUUGAGGCCACCGAGAGGGUCCAGGGAGGUGGGACCGCAACCACAGUCAAGUUCUGGUUUGCUACUGGUGGAGCCGGGUUCUGCCUGAGCAGGGGCCUUGCCCUCAAGAUGAGCCCCUGGGCCAGCCUAGGCAGCUUCAUGAGCACUGCAGAGCGGGUGCGGCUUCCAGAUGACUGCACAGUGGGUUACAUUGUGGAAGGACUGCUGGGGGCCCGCUUGCUGCAUAGCCCCCUCUUCCACUCCCACCUGGAGAACCUGCAGAGGCUGCCGAUGGAUGCUGUGCUACAGCAGGUUACCCUAAGCUAUGGGGGUCCUGAGAACCCCCUUAAUGUGGUGAAUGUGGCGGGUUUCAGCCUACAGCAGGACCCCACACGGUUUAGGUCUGUUCAUUGUCUUCUCUACCCAGACACAGACUGGUGUCCCACGCAGAGCAGGGGUGACCUCCCCUCACGGUGACCAGAGCCCCUGGCUUCCCUCCCUUGGCUCAGCCAGCUUCGUCUGGCUGCCGCUGCGGGCAUUGGGCAGAUGCUUGGGCUGACAUGCAGGCCUCAUGCAGCCGCGCAGGAGCCUGGGACCAGGGAAUCCUGCCAAGAUCUGCAUGUACAGCCCUCAGGAAGGCCGGAGGGCGGUGCUGCUGGUGCCAUGGCACCCCCUCAGCUGUCUCCACCGGAGCACCCGGGCACCCUUGAGGAGACUGACAGUCGAACUGCAGAACCCAUUCGGCUGGGAGCUGGGGAGUGGGCCCUGCACCACCACAGUGGGGUGAGAAGACAUCCUGCCAGGCCUCCUGGGGCACCCGCCCUGGCAGAGUACGACUUCCAGGACAGGUACCCCAGUGUGCCCUCAGGAAGAGCGGGCCUUCCUGUGGUCCUCCAGGCCACUCUCCUCCAGGUUGACUCACACUGAGUAUCUACAUGGCGGCGCUGGGGAGCAGGGGGCAGACAGCCGCCUUCCUUCCCUGGGCACUGGGAAGGGCGUGGCUCCGUCCCCCUGUCCUUGCGACAGUAGUGCAGAACAGAGUAAAGGCUCCCUGCCCACUC